AUGGUUAGAAGCUUCUAUGACAACACUGAGGCCCUAGUUCUCGACGGGCUUGAGUCAAUUGCCCUGCUCAGGUCAGACAUUUCUCUAGACCAAGCAACAAAGACUGUUUGGCUGCAUGAUCGUAAAGAUUCUCAAACUGCGCUGAUAUCCGGAGGAGGGGCUGGCCAUGAGCCUGCCCAUGCUGGAUACGUUGGCGAUGGAAUGCUGACGGCUGCUGUUUCUGGAUCCGUGUUUGCCUCCCCCAGCGUUGCACAAAUCUUAUCCGCGAUCACCAGAGUUGCUGGACCGGCGGGUGUGCUGCUCAUCAUCAAGAAUUAUACAGGUGAUGUGUUUCACUUUCGAUUGGCAGCUGAAAAGGCCAGAGUUGCUCUUGGAAUCCCAGUCGAAGUCCUCACUGUUGGUGACGAUGUAUCUGUCGGCCGUCGCAAGAGUGGAAAGGUUGGGCGCCGUGGUCUUGCCGGAACAGUGUUGGUUCACAAGAUCUUGGGAACUUGCAGUCGUGAUACUGGUGCGCAGCUCUCUAAGCUUUUGGAGCUAGGAAACGAGGUUGUUUCGAAUCUCGUUACAGCAGGAGUAUCACUAGAGCAUGUUCAGAUCCCCGGUAGAGAUGCAGCUCCCGCAGCCGUUGGCGAUCAAGUGGAACUUGGAAUGGGAAUCCAUAAUGAACCAGGCUGUCUGCUGCUAAGCCCUCGACCACCACUGGCGGAUAUCAUUAAUAUGAUGCUGGAUCAGCUGCUAGAUACCAAGGAUGAAGAUAGAGCAUAUGUUGACUUUGCCGAUGCUCAGCAUGUUGUCUUGAUGAUCAACAACCUGGGUGGCCUUUCUCCGCUUGAAUUUGGUGGCAUCACUGGUAAAGUGGUUCAAGCAAUAAGUAGCCUCGUUCUCUCAGGAACGUACAUGACGAGUUUGAACGGUCCAGGUUUCAGCAUCACCCUUCUUAAGGCAACAUCAGAGAUGGUCGGAUAUUUGGAAGCUCCUACAAAUGCAGCCGGGUGGGGAGCUCUCAAUGUCAGCCGCUUACAUGACAAGCCUCCUACCGAGGCAUUAGCUCAGGUCAAUUUGGAUGAGGGCCACGCGAAGGCUGUUGAAUCUUCUGGAAUAGCAUUUGACUCUGCGAUCUUCAAACGCGGAAUCCUUCGAUCAUGCCAGAACCUCAUCGAUACAGAGCCACUCAUUACUCAGUACGACACUCUUGUUGGAGAUGGCGACUGUGGAGUGACCUUGUCGCGGGGCGCAAGAGCUGUGAUGAGUCGCGUGGAUGAAAUAUCCGAUCCAACCGACGUGGUUAGCACAAUAAAUAAAUUAGCCGGCAUCAUGGAAACCGAUCUUGAUGGAACUUCGGGAGCCAUCUAUAGCAUCUUCUUCACAGCAUUAGCUGCGGAACUACGCGCUACGACGUCAAGCUCUAUGAACCACGAGGCCUGGGUUCAAGCAGCAAACAGGUCUCUUGAAAAGCUGCAGCAGGCCACGCCUGCGCGACAGGGCGAUAGAACUCUUAUGGAUGCGCUAGAGCCGUUCAUCAAAUCUUUAGUACAAGGAAGAUCGCUGGCUGAUGCUGUUGCCGCGGCGAAAGCUGGCAUGGAGGCAACAAAAGGCAUGAAGGCGUCUUUAGGACGUGCCGUUUAUGUGCCUGAGAACGUAUGGGAUCAGGUACCGGAUCCUGGAGCGCAGGGUGUCGUUUGUAUUCUAGAAGGGCUUGAAGCUGCGACCCAUGAGUGA